UCAAUCUGUUAGGUUGGCAUUAUGACGUUUGGCAGUUUUUGCGCAAUUCCAUCCACUUUUCUCUGUAUUUGUGGAUUCGUAUAUUUAAAAAUCCGUUUUUGUUGUUGAUAAUGUCUCGAAAUAGAGGUGGAAGACAUGGCAGAAACAAACCCACAGUGGGAGAAAAAGGUCGUCAAGUGGUAGAAAGCAUUGAUGAAAACAACCCAGUUAUCAAGAUGUUCCUUGCUUUUAGGCAGGAGUUAGACGAUAAGCAUGACCGGUUCGAAAAAAUCGUGAAACAUAGUAGGGACAUCACAAUAGAGAAUAAACGAAUAAUAUUUUUAUUACAUUCAACAAACACUGAUGUAGAAAGCAAGAAACAAGUGGUGCUUGAGGAGGCUAAUACGAGGUUAAAGCAAAUAUUUGAAAAAAAUUUUAAAUCUGUUGCGUUAUUAUUGAAAGGUUUUGAUUCUUACCAGUACCAAAAGGCUUAUACAAGUGGUUUACAAGAAUUUAUAGAAGCUUUAGUUUUUUAUCAGUAUUUAACAUCUGGCAGCUUUGAAAAAUGGGACAAUAUAAAUAAAUCAUUCCAAUAUAUGGACAAUGGGGACAGCAUAAGUCUCCUUUUUCCCCAAAUUGAUUACAUUCUAGGAAUAGCUGACUUUACAGGGGAACUCAUGAGGCGUUGUAUAAAUGAUCUAGGGGUUGGAAACACCAGUGAUUGUUUUAAAACCUGUAAUAUGGUCAAACACAUCUACAGUGGAUUUUUAGGUAUCAUUAACCCAGGAAACAAAGAAUUAGGGCGCAAGACUUAUGUAAUAAAACAGAGUCUUGCGAAAAUGGAACUUGUGUGUUAUAACAUUCAAAUCAGGGGGUCAGAGAUUCCUAAACACAUGUUGCUGAAUGUUAUAGAAUCUACUGAUGUAAAUACAGAGGAUGAUGAGGGAUACUACCAUUGAGGGGAGUUUGUUUCUGAACACAAACCUGCAGUAUUUUUACAAGUACAAGUGUUAAGUUAUUUUUUGUAUUAGUUUAUCACAUCUUUUAAAGCACAACUGAAAAAUAAAUUCAUUUAAAGAAAAUCAAAAA